GAUCCUCGGCGUACCUCGCAAAGCACAGACAGCCAGCACUCCCGACCAGCAAGACUAUAAACAUAUUAGACUCAAGUAGACAGAGUAGUUCAAAAUGGGCAACGGCAACCGAGCACAGCAGAAGCGCGAGCGCAACGCCAAGGACGCAAAGAGCGCGCCGAAGUCGCAGCUCAAAGUCAACGAGAAUGCCAAAAACAUUCAGUGCGAGAUUUGCAAGUCGACCUUCUUGAUGACCACGCGAGAGCCCCAAUUGCUCCAACACGCCGAGAACAAGCACAGCAAGACGAUUGCCGACUGCUUCCCGACAUACGGCAAAUAGGUACACUUCUAUGCUGGACACAUUAAUUGGUCACUAGGGAGGGGCCAACGGUGUUGGGAGCAGGGAGUUACUCAGGAGCAUUUGUGGCUUUUGGCUUUUGCAGCGAUCGUCUAUUCCUAGUACAAUGGAAUCGAGUUUUCGGCUGGCUCCAGUCUGGUAUUCAGUUUCUCUAUAGAGCAAACUUCUGAAGAAUGAUCUUUCGGGGCGCCGAGCGCAGGCGACUUGAUAUGCACUGGGGGCUGUUUGCACUCUUUGUCAGGAUCACUUCUGAGGAUUUUAUGGCUGUUUGCUUGGCUGGAUCGAUAUGAGGAACAAGAUUGACAUGAAUUCACGACUUGAAAAAUCUCUGUCUGUGUUUAUGACUUACUCUUGCAGCCUAUUUGCAUGCUGUCCCUCUACUUGCCGCAUUGGGAACUUCCCUCCCUGUCCCUGUGCCAAG